UUCCUGCUUCCCUGCCUUCUCCUUUCUCCCUCCCUUUUCUAACUCUUUUCUAACUUCUGACUCGUCUUUCUUCUUCCUCCGUGCAAAGUUAAAGGCCAACACCUGCCGAUAGCAUCCCCCUUUACCGUCAUCACUAGGGCCUUUGCCCACUGUAAGUGUGGACCUCUGUGUAAACGUGAGACCAUCAUGGUGGCAUUCAAAGGAGUUUGGACUCAGCCUUUUUGGAAAGCUGUGGCAGCUGAGUUUUUGGCGAUGCUUAUUUUUGUUCUCCUCAGCUUGGGUUCCACCAUCAACUGGGGUGGAACAGAGAAGCCUUUACCAGUAGACAUGGUCCUUAUCUCCCUCUGUUUCGGACUCAGCAUUGCAACCAUGGUCCAGUGCUUUGGACAUAUUAGUGGAGGCCAUAUCAAUCCCGCUGUGACCGUGGCUAUGGUCUGCACGAGGAAGAUCAGCCUUGCUAAAUCUGUCUUCUACAUUGCGGCUCAGUGCCUAGGUGCUAUCAUCGGGGCAGGGAUCCUCUACCUUGUCACACCUCCCAGUGUGGUGGGAGGCUUAGGAGUUACCACGGUCCAUGGAAAUCUUACAGCUGGUCAUGGACUCCUAGUGGAGUUGAUAAUCACAUUUCAGUUGGUGUUUACUAUCUUUGCCAGCUGUGAUUCACACAGAACUGAUGUCACUGGUUCAAUAGCUUUAGCAAUUGGAUUUUCCGUUGCAAUUGGACACUUAUUUGCUAUCAAUUACACUGGUGCCAGCAUGAACCCUGCCCGGUCUUUUGGACCUGCUGUUAUCAUGGGAAAUUGGGAAAACCACUGGAUCUACUGGGUAGGACCAAUCAUUGGAGCUGUCCUUGCUGGUGGCCUUUACGAGUAUGUCUUCUGUCCUGAUGUUGAAUUUAAACGCCGUUUUAAGGAAGCCUUUAGUAAGACUUCUCAGCAAACUAAAGGGACCUACAUGGAAGUGGAUGACAACAGAAGUCAGGUAGAAGCUGACGAUUUGAUCCUGAAACCUGGACUAGUGCACACAAUCGACAGUGAGAGGGGGGAUGAAAAGAAAGGGAAAGAUCCGUCCAGUGAAGUGUUGUCUUCAGUAUGACUAUCGAGUGGCACUGAAAGCAGAGAAGACCCCUCAGAUUUCCUUCCACCCAUUAAAGAAACAGAUUUGUUAUAAAUCGGGCACAUGUAGGUCUUCUAGUUUUUUAAGGAGGAAGCAACUUCUGGGUUGCUUUAUGUCAGAGUCCUCAGUCUCUAAAUGUGAAAUCUCUCCUCCCUGCCAAGAUGGGAUGGAGACCUGCAGUGGAUUCCAAAUUCUAAAAGAUAUCCCUAAGCAUACUCCCAAACUGAAUAUAUAUACAUAUAUAUGUAUAUAUAUAUAUAUAUGUUUAUUUCUGUCCCCAUUUAUUAGCAUUCAAUAGUGAACUGAAAGUACAGAUGUUUAAAGUGCAGAUUGACAGUUGAGUCUUGCCUGGGAAGUGCCUAUGGACAUAUAUUUAUCAGAUUGUUCUUCUGACACAUGAUGGAAUGUUGUCAGCCCCAAUUAGGUUAUUUUACUAUAUUAAGCAUUCUUUGCAGAUUUGUUGAUGGUAAUGUACAGUAAGGCACAGAUUUAUUCAAAUUCAAGGGAGAAAUUGCUUAUGUUCUCCCACCCCCACCCUGCUCUUGUCACCAGGCAAUCACUUUAAAAAACUGUACCCCUGAGAAAUAAUAUUUUAACAGGAAAUUUUAAAAGUAGAUGAGUCAUUGGAAAUGACUCUUAUUAAACUGAUAUUACACAUAUCUAUCUUUCACAAUGUAAAUGUCACUUCUCUUUGAUGUAAUAGUCCAUCUGAAAAGUCCAAGGUUGAGACAUUCUCAAAUACUGUACCCAUAUAUUGUUUUCUACGUCCAUCUGAUCAAACAUCUAAAUCUUGAGGUUCACCUAUUGAAAUUCAGUCCCACCAUGAGUCCCAGGCUCAUAUGGGAAUCAGUAUGUUCCCAUAUGUGGUUUGUGGUAUCAAAGGAAACAAAGGUUAAUCUGUUUUCAGUGCACUUACUUAAAUAAACUAUAGUGUGUUCAUUUAUGUCAUCUCAACUUUAACCACACUUAUCUUUUUAAUUUAUUGGAAAAUCUGGGGUUUUUGUUUGUUUGCUUGUCAUUAAUUUUGGUUAACUAUAUUUAACUGUUAGAUAAGAGAUAUUUUUAUAACAAACAUUAUAUUAAUUCUGACUGUUAUUGAUAGAUAAACUCUGCUCACCUAAGCCAUGUCCAUGGCAAAUAUUAAUUAAUCCAAACUAGUCUUCUUAAAGAGUCCUCCUCAGUCUCAUUGAUAAGAAAGUCCCCCUCAUUUAUCAUUCAGCUGGUGAAUAAUCACCAUUACAAGUGUGAUGUCUUGUGGGUAAGGGAAAUUGAGAAAGAAGAAGCUUCAGGAAGAAACUGGGACCAGAUGAAAAGGAAAACAACAGAAUGUUCUUUAUGCAAAGCUGAUUACAUGACGGACUUUUCAUUUGUAAAAGUGUUGUAGAUAACCCAACAGAAGUAAAUUUAAUUGAUUUUUAUUGUAGACAUUUCUUUGUUAUUAGGGUGCAUAUAAAUAGUUGGGGCAUUUGCUUUUGCCUUAUGUCAAUACUGAGUUCUCUGGAAACCCCAGUUCAUAUAUUUUUGACUGCCUAUGCUUUAGUCUAAAACAAAGAGCUACAAAUGUCAAUUUCACUGAACAAAAACCCAGUAGAACUGAAGCAAAAACCUAUCACUGCAAGGGGUAGCUUGUAAAUAGCUGAUAACCAAGAGCUCCUCUAUCCCAAGCAUAGCUCCAACUGAGAAGUACUUUUUAGUGUUAAUGGCAGCUGUGUGUCUGUGGCAGUGAGAUAAUGGACCAUUAUUAAACCUGAUUCUCUUCGGUGCUAGGAAAGCCGCAAGGCUGCCUAAAAAAGGUAAUGCCAAUGCAGCAGGCUGGGCAGUGCCAUUGGCAUUUGGUGAUGGUGCCUGCCUAGGUUGUAGACACCAUACUUGGGAUAAGCACCAAAGAUAGAGCUCUACUUGGCCAAUAAUUCAGUUCUCCACCUCCGAGUUACUUGCUUGGCAAUGGUUUCUAUAGAGCCAAGUAUGAAAGUUACCUGAGGGCUAUGUUUGCCAAAUGCCUGAAUACUACACUAUCAAAGGGGCAUAACAUCAGUGGUUGUGUUUUCCUAGUAUAGGCCCACCUAUCAAUUAUCAGUAGAUAAGUCAGUUCAGAAAUAAAAUAGGUUAACCAGCCAGAGUUAACAGAUUCCAUGCCCCCUUUCACCACUGAAAAAACACCUUAUAUCAUAGUGACUUUCCUGAUGGUAAAUCACUUUUAGCAACAUUCUCCCACAUUAUAUUUGUAUACACUCUUCUGUGUGCAUGAGAGAGACAGCCACAGCUACUUCAUUCAGCAAAUCAGAGAAGAAGAAAAAUGGUACAUGACUUUGGUUUUCAAAACAUUUCAUUUGAAGUUUGGAAAUAAAAAUAAUCUUGUUUUAGUAGAUGUAUUUUGCUUAAUAUUUCAUAAAGGCUUGCUUUUAGGGACUUAUUGAGGGAAAAUAUUACAAAUGUAAGAACUAUAAAAAUGUCUUUCUUAAAUUCUUGUAUUUUAGAGGCAAGAAAGCAAAUGAAUACAUACAUUGUGAGUUGGGAUAUAAUUUUUUUGCAUAUGAGGUAACAUAUUUUGUAUUUCACUCAAGGCUCUGCCAGUAAAAAGUAAUGAAAUUGUACCUUUCUAAUGACAUCUCUGCAGCAGGGGUCUAUUGCCUUGUGGAUGACACCAAAUUAUCCAUGUGUAUUAGGAGACUGAGGCUUUUUCCUUUAAUCUCUUUUUAUUAAUGAAGUGCAUAGUGCCUGUCCCAGGAGAGCACUACUAACUGAUAUACAGAGGAGAGAUCAGAGAGGAAAAAACUAGUAAAAACACAAAGGAAUUAUGCCUGACCAUGAAAAUGAGCCUUACCUCAUAUAUAAUGAAAAAGUAUAGAAUUGUAGGUACAAAGAUAGCCCAAGAAUCUCUGAAGAGUAAAAUUGCCCUCUCCAUUGAAGAUCUGUUUAUUUUGUCAAAAGUUAUAAACAGCCAAGGAAUGGUUUAGAUUUGGGGGCUCAGAGGAUGGAAGGGAGAACACAUUUAAACAUGCCUGAUAUCAGAGACAGUCAGACAGUCCUAACUAAGCCUUUACACUAAAAGGAAAUGUUGACUGGUAGUUAAAUAAUGGACUAGAAAAAAAAAUUAAUGUUUCUCUGCUUUGUAUCACUGCUGUCACUUUCCUCUAUAACCUUGAGCAAAUCACUUGCCUCCUUUCAGUUUGUGUUUCAUAGAUUAUUCCAAGGGUAUCAUACACUGAAUUUCAACAGAGAUUUGAAAUAUUGAGAUAAAUUGUAGAAUAAAAGUGAGUUAUUUAGGAUCAUGGGAUUUUUUUAAUUUAGAAGGGAUCUUAGAGAUCAUAUUGUCUGUGCCCCUCAUUUUUCAGAUGAAGAAACUGAGGCCCAAGAUCACACAGUUUAAAAAAAAGUGAAAAGGCUAGGAUUCACAUCUAGGUCUUUUAAAUCCAAACCCAAAUUCUCUCCUCUGCUCCAUACUGAUCCUCAUUAAUUUGGAGGUUAAUCUCACCUCACCAACUAGUAGAGCAUUUCCAUACAGGCACAUGGUCAUAGUAUUCUUUUCAGACUGUGAAAACUGUUAAAAAUUUCAUUGGUAGAUUGCUUGAAAAUACAAAAAUGGAGUUUUAUAUUCAAAAACUAAAAUAAAAUUUACUUUCUCCUUCUUCGUGCCAUAACAGAUCACAAUUUGGUCUCUCUAGACCAUCUUCCAAUCAAUAUAAAAUCCAAUGAAAAUUAUUGUGUAUUGUAUUUCAUAAUGCACAUAUCCAAAAUAUCUUUCACCAGAAAGUAAUUAUGUCUAGUUUAGUGAUGAGAAGAUUAUUAGAAAGACACAGUUAUCUUUGAAAAAGCAUUAUAAGAUUAAUUUAACUCAUUUCAUCUCAAAUAUGUCCUCUAGCACUUAUAUUUUCAUAUAUUAUAUAUAUAACUUUAGUCAAUGUUUGUGGCAACUGGUUGUACAACUUGAUUUUUUAAAGACAUGUCAAGUUCUGAGGCAAGAAGAAUUUCUCUAAGCAAAGAAAAAAAUUAAAACAACAGUUUGCAGUUUUCUUUUCCCUGCAAAGUGAUAGGAAAGGCCCAAUAUUUCCAAUCCCUGCUAAGGGGAACCUGUCAUACAUUGAAAAUGUUGUAGGUCAUCAAGAGUUUUUGUGAGUCUCUGUCCCACUUAAUAGCUAAACUCCAUCCCUUUAGUUCCUUAACAUUUCCCCCCAUGCUGAAGUGAAAUAGGUGGGAAUAGGAAUUGCUUGUGAUUGAUUGCCCAGACAUUGUCUUUGUAGAGCAGGAAACAGAUCAGUGUGAGACAUGAGCUUUGAAGAAUGGCCAGUGCGAAUGCCAUCUCUCCUACUGUUCCUGCUCAGCUCUAAACAACCAUUUUCCCAUCACUGAUCACUACACUCAAAAAUGAACAAUCUGCCACACCCAUCCAACAUAGUACUAGGAGUGUCAUUAGACAAUACCACCUUCUUUAUUUCCCUAUUUUCAACCACAUCAGCUGAUACUCUGUAGCCACUGGUUUGGGGUUGUAAAUGUUAAUUAUCAACACUAAUGACAAUAACAACUGCUAUAUUAGUAGCCAAAUGUCCAUUGGAUUUGACUUACUGUUUCCCAUUGUUCUUCUCUUUCUUUUGGAUGACCUUUCUUCUCAGAGGUGGUAUGUGUUACCAUUCAGUUGACAAAAAUGGAAUCGGUUUUUGAAAUCCUUAUUUCUUUGAAGUAAAUUAUAGAAAUUUUGUGGUAGAUCAAAAACCUAGCAGCUCUAUUCUGCAAACGUUUGGGGCUUUGGAAGAAAUACAUCAAAUGUUGUAAACUAUGCAGUGUUGGCAAUGUAUAUCAAAUUUAAGCAAAGUUAGGGUGUUAAUCUUUCAUUGUAAAAGGUAUCAAGUCAAAAGGAUGAAAAUAUACCUAAUUUGUGUAACUCGAGAUGAUAUGUGUUUAGAAGCUUUUCGGGAUUAAUUAAAUAAGCAAGCAAUGCAUGAAAAUGUAUAAACAAAUAUUUAUCACUUUUAUGACCCAAGUCAGAAUGAAAUUGUAAUUCAUGAUAAACUAAGGAAAAUAAACUGAACAUAUGGCUAUAUUCACAGUUAUUUAUUAACUGAAAUGUUAGUUGUUAAUAUAAUAUUAGAACUAAUGUCACAGGGCUUUAAACUAUAAUGCAUUGCAUUUGGAACAUAUUAAAAAUAUGAUCAAACUGGUUGAUUUCCAUUAGUUAUACUGUAUCUCAUAACGUUACACUUUUGCAAAUAAAAUGUUGUU